UAAUCAAUGCUUUAAGUAUUUAUUUGAUGUAUGUAUUCUAACAGUGAACAAGCACAGGCAUGAAGUGCUCAUGACUUACAGGGGUCACAGUGUUCUCCAAACCCUGAUUCACCUGAGUCCACCACUGGACAGUGCUACAUCUACACAAGGAAGAUUUGUGGUUUAUGAUAUUUUGACGGGUAAAAUCAAGGCAAUACUUAGGGGUCACAAAGGUUGUGUACGAGAUGUGGCAUGGCAUCCUUACAGAAAUGAAAUAAUGAGUAGUUCAUGGGAUGGAACAGUUGUGAAAUGGACUUUUAAUAAGACAGACUCUGAAGAUAUAAUGCCUGGCCAAAGCAGUAAAGUGGAUGGUUUGAGGAGAUCCCAGCGUUUAGCAGAUAAGAGAAGGGAAACCAGGCUUUUCUCUCCUAUUGUAUUGUAAUUAAUAAAAAUAUAUUUUUUUAAAGAAGGUGUUAUGUAUAAAUAAAAGUCAAUAAAAUUUGCUUUUAUCUGUGAA